AUGAAAGUUUCAUCAGAAUGUGAAUCGAAUGUAACAUUAUGGACUUAUUAUCCUUGUUCAUUUAUUAUUUCUUCAACAUCAAUUAAUUGUCAGUAUGUAUCAAUUAAUUCAUCAAUUGAUCAAUGUAUAAAUACUGAAAUGACUUUUUUUUGGCAUUUUCCAUUUGGUAAUAUGACAUUAACACUUCUAUCACAUAAGAAUCAACCAUUUUUAUUACGUUUAUCUAAACCAUUAUUAUCAACAAACAAAUUAAUUAAAAAUAUUUAUCAUCUUGUACAUAAUAGAACAUUAGAAGAACGAAUAAUAUACAAUAAUGCAAAUACAAUGGUUACGCUUUAUUCAGAUAAAUAUAAUCAAUGUUCGAUAAAAUUUGAAACAAUGAACACAAAUAUUUUCGAUUAUGGAACAUUUAUUCAAAUGAAAGUGUUCACUGAUGAGAAUGACAAUCUUUAA